UAAUUGACGCUGCAGAAUUUUAUAAACAGUUAUUUGCCACUGCCAUCGCGUUGUUUAGCACAGACGCUGCAGAAUUUUAUAAACAGUUAUUUACCACUGCCAUCGCGUUGUUCAGCACAGACGUUAAAGUCAUUUCAG